GCAUCAUCAUCAUCACCAUCAUCUGGCAACAGCAGCAUUGGAAGAAGAAACAACACCAACAACGCCCCCAGUCCAGUUCUAGAGCUUCUCCAGCGAUUAAGCGCCGAGCUAAGCGCUGAACCUAAGCGCCGGAACUAGCUCCUUUGCAGAUCACAGCUAUUUAUAGCUCUAUAAAUACUCUGCUUCCUCUGCUUCUUCUUUUUCUACUGCUGUUGCUGCUUCUUCCUCUUCUUCUUCUGCUUCUUCAGCCCAGUCCUUUGUGGAAUGUCUUGAAACCCAUGGAACUCUCUUUCCCACCCUCGCUCAAUGCCCCUUCUGCUGUUGUUGUCGCUGCUUCCUCUGCGUCUCUUUCCAGAGUGAACAUCACCAACACCUUCACUGCCAUAGGCUUCUCUAAGUCUGAGAACAUCGACAAGCCUCAGUUUUCCCUCAGAGCCUCUGUUUCUCUGUUUGCUGUGCCAGUCUAUCCCUCUGUCAAUCAGCUCACUGGCCACUUGGAGUCUAUCUCCCACAACAGCUUUCCCAGCAUCAGCUCCUCCUUUACCACUCCCUCCAACAGCCCCCUCAAAACACCCAAUUCCUUUGCUUCUCAUCAUAAUCCAGAUUCUUCUGCUCAUAUCUUUUCCAGAAACUCUACCUGCGACUCCACCUACUCCCUUGGUACCCUCUAUGAACGCCAGUACUCCUCCUCAAUGGCUGAUACUUUUGAUUCCAACGACAACUACAACCCCCAGAUCUUUGAAAGAAACUACUCCACUUCCACCGACAGAACCUUUGAUUCAAACUCAACUAGAUACUCUCUUACUGUUUCUCCAUCUGCUUUUGUCUCCCAUGAAAGCAAACCUUCCAUAGAUUCUGCUAAAACGCUAGAGACAUCUUCUCUAACUCACCAUUUUAUAACCGAUAAAAUGUUGAAAGCUUGUAAAGAAAUUUGGUCUUACUCUUCUCUUUAUAAAUGGUUCAUCUCCAUUUUAUAUCAAUUCUAUCAUUCAAAUUACAAUACCUUGUCAAAUGAUAACAAUAAUAACAAUAAUAAUAAUAACAAUAACAAUAACAAUAACAAUAACAAUAAUAACAAUAACACUAAUAAUGAAAACAUCUCAAUUAAUUUAACUAUAAAACAAUUCAAAUUGAUAAUCAAACUUCUAAUUAACAACAAAUACCCAAAUAAACAAAUUGACUUUAUUUUCCUCUCAAUUCUAUCCACUUUUUUAAAUAACAAUAUCUGUAACUACUCACCCACCUCAAAUGAUAUCAUAUCCUUUUCUUUACCACCUUUAAACUCAAUUACCACCUCCAACUCAAACCACCCUACAGACUUGGAUUUCGAUCUAGACUUUUUCAAUUCUCCCACUUUUCUCAACUCUUUAAAUUCUCUCUCACAAAAAAUAUCCGGCGUAAUAACACAACUAACCACAUGUUAUUCAAGUAACUGUAACCACCUUAAUUCUCAACAAUUUACCCCGAAUUGCUACUCACCUCUCUGUGUUCACUCCCCGGAUUUCUUGCCAAUUAGUCUCAAUAACUUUACAAACUGCGAAACUAAAAAAUGGGAAGAAUUUUGGCUAAUCCCUCAAAUUAAUCCAAACAUUAUAAACACUCACCAAAACCUAAUCUUUGAAUUAUUUAAAACUCAAGCAAGAUUUGUUCAAAGUUUGCAAUCCCUCAUGGAUAUAGGCGAAUCCUUUAAGAAUGACUUUCUCUUCUCCAAUAAUUACCAACUUGCAAAUAAUAAUAACAACAAUAAAAACAACAGCAGCAACAACAAAAUUCAAAAAUUAGUUUACCCAAUCGAUAAUAAAGUCUUCUAUAAAUCCUGUUUCGGCUCUUUUCAACUGAUUCUUUCUCACCACAAAACUGAAUUGCUAAACCCUCUAAUCCAUUUAAUGAACAAAGAUCGCCCAUUUAUAAAAGACUACAACCUGUUAUUCCAACUUUUCUCAAUUUGGUCCGAAAUCUCUGUCCCAAUUUACAACAAAUGGUCCGAAAUAAACUCUCUCUACUCCCUAAUCUUUAAAAUUAGUGAAUCUUUAAAAGAAGACGAAAACCUAUUUGAUCUAGAUCUACUAAAAAAUUUUAAUAAAUGGAAAGAACCUUACAUCAACUCAAAACAAAACUUGUCCCUAAUCUUAAACUUCCCCCUAGAUUUCAUGAUCAAAUCUUCUCUUGUAUUAAGAGACUUGAAAAAAUUUCAUCCUGAAAAUUCAGAGUUUUAUAAAGACCUAAUAAACUGUAAUAAAAUGCUACAAAAAUUCAUAACUGCUGUCCAGAAAUAUAAAUCCCACCACGAGACUAAUUUAAUCUCAAGUAGAUUAAUUCACUCAAAUUUUGAAUUCGAUGACAGCAUAAAAUUUCCAUUAAAUGCUGAUCUAGAGAUCAUUAAACUUGUAUCAAAAAAUAUUAAAAAAAAUAAAUUCAACCUAAUCCUCUUAUUUGACAACUGCCUACUUAUAACUACUUUUAUCAAAUCAAAUUUUAAAUUCUUACUAGCCGAUAAUCCAAUUCCAAUUGAGUAUUUGAAAUUCGAAAAAUAUAUAGAACAAAAUAACGACGAACAAAAAACUCUAGCUGAAUUAGUCUUUGAAAUUAAAAAAUAUAAAAUCAAAAAUAUAGCUAAAAAUACUGAACACAUUUUUUCAAUUAAAAAUUUCGACAACACUCUAAGUAAAACUCUUAAAAAUAUUAUAUCUAACAAUAUCAUUCUUAAAAGAGAAAAGGAAAAAUUUAGAAUUAAUAUAUUACAUGACAAUAUCUUGAAUGACAACAAGUUUAUAAACAAUAUUAAUAAUUAUAAAAACUAUUUCACUACUAGUAAUAAAAAUGAUGAUAAUGCAUUUUUCAAAUAUUCAAUGGAUUUGAUAAAUUUUGAAAUUAAUGAAAAACAAUUUAAUGAAAUAAGAGAUAAUCCUAUUAGAGGAGACAUUCACUGCUACCUAAAAUUAUUCUAUAAAGAUGUUGAAUACAAAUUAAUUGGAACAUCUAGCGGAAUUUAUGUAAGGAGCAAUAGAAUCUUUGAUAAUUGGGUCUUGGUAUUUCCAAAGAUCAUUAAAGUUAAAAAAAUUGUAAUUGAAAAGAAAUACAACAUUUUAUUAAUCCUAUCAAAUAAUAGUUUAAUUUAUUGUUCCAUCUCAUGUUUUGUUGAUAAUUACUCAAGAGCUAGGCUUAAAAAAGACAUAAAUUAUCACGGAUUUAGUCAAAAUAAUCCAAAUCAAAAAAUUAAAAAUCAAAAACUUUAUUUCAGUCGUUCUAAUAAUUCCAAAUCUCACUGUAAUCUUUCUAAUUUAACUGGAUUUGUUAAAUUGGCAGAUAAUGUGGAGAAUUUUUUCGUUGAAUAUGCAGAUACAAACUUCAAAUUAUUUUAUAUAUCAAGUUUAAUUACAGAAAUUACAAAGGAUUCAAUGGUGAAGUUUUUAACAGCCAAAAUCAAUGAUAUUAAAAAGGAAUCAAGGCUAGAAAAAGAACUAAAAGAAAUUGAUCGUUAUUUAAUACCAGGGGAAUGUAAAGAGCUACUUAAUGUAAAGCAAAAAUUAAUAUUAUGUUUGGAAGAUUCAUUUAGAAAAUUCAAUUAUUUUGAUAAGACUACAGUUGAAAAUAUUCCAAAUAAUAGUUUUUACCAAAAGAAACACAAACCUAUGAAGAUAUUAACAUUACGAAAUAAAAGGAUCAUGUUGGUUUAUGAGACAAUGGGAGUGAUAACAAACAUGGAGGGAUCAAUAGUCCAUGAUGUGAUAAAGUUUUCAUUUAAUUGCUCAAACGCAGCAAUUUAUUCGAAAUACUUGUUUGUGUUGAAUGAUGGCAAUACGUUUUUGGAGAUUUAUGAUAUCGAUGUGAUUGGUGGGCUUGAACAGAUAUUCUUUGGGGAAAACAUUCAACUAAUCGACUCGUCAGACGAAGUGUUAAUAAGCGUGAAUUGUCCCUGCGACAAGCCCGAGGGCUAUGGAGACAUGCUUUUGAUUCAGUUCUUGCCCAAGCGGUUUUAGGAUUUUAUGGUGGAUGGUUUGCAAAGGUUUAUAUAAUUUUAUAUUUUGCGUUUUGUGUUUUGUGUUUUGUGUUCUAUAUUUUGCGUUCUGUGUUUUGUAUUUUGUAUUUUGCAUUUUGUAUUUUGUAUUUGUAUUUUGUAUUUUGCAUUUUGUAUUUGUAUUUGUAUUUGUAUUUGUACC